AUGCGUGUCAAAAUUGAUCUCCUCUCCUACUGUUUCGACACUUUCAUUAAUUUAUUGGGUAUCAUAUUCAAUAGCGUCCUACUGUACGUUGUGUGCCGACAUACACCUCGAAAAAUGCGUACUUAUUCGGUGCUCAUCAUUAACACUAUUAUUGCCGACUUUCUGAUCGCCUUCUGUGGAUUUCUCACAUCCAACAGGUUGAUCCCGUCUGGAGAGGCAAUAGUGUUUGUUUCGAACGGUCCUUGCGCACGAAUCGGCUCCAGAUUUUGUUUGUUGGUCUACGAAACUUUGGUACACGCUCUUGCUCAUGGAUUGAUGUCACAGUUCAUUUCAUUCUCCUAUCGCUACUAUAUUCUCGUGAAUACUCGAACACCGACACGGCUACAGCUGACCGCCAUUUGCCUGCUCGUUUACAUGCCUUCGUUCUUUCUCUAUGUGAGUGUUUCUCUUCGCAUUUUCAAUACACCUCCUCCAAAACGGAUGAUUCUUCCAAACUGA